AGUAGCCAUCUGGGGCCCUCUGGGUCUCUGAAGAGCAGUCAGGUGACAGAUCUCAACCCAACCAGAAUUGGUGCCGGAAUCCUUCCCACAGUGGCAUCCUCCCAGCACGCAGAUCCCAGCCCUGGGAAUGAUCCCUGAGCUCCUCCCACCCCUCCAGCCACAGCCAGGUACAAUUGCCCCCCACCGCGGCUUGCCUUGGGGUGAACGAAUAGGCUUGAAGGAGUCUGGCAAAACGUGCCACUUAGAAGAACAUCUGUUUUCUGCAAGGCAGGUAUUGGCCCCCGAAAACUCUUGGUUGGGAGAAGGGCUCCCUCCUCACCUGGGGCGGAGAGGGGGCUCCCAAGUGCGCUCGCUGGUGGUAGUCUUGGGACUCGAACCCGGUUAUGGAGAGGCGCCCUGCAGGGUCCAGUCUACAUCCUGACCGGCUGGAGUGGAGGGAAGCCAGCGUGCACAGAUGUCUUCGCUCCGGCUACUAAGAUACUAAGACCUCCUCUCUCUACUUUCACCCUUCUCCCGCCUCCUGCCCCAGAAAUGAUCUCAAGCGUUGCGAGUUUGAUUCCCGAGCUCCACUCGGCGGAUAGAGCCCAGAUCUCAGCGGCGGCCUGGGGAAAGCGAAGACGUCGCUGGGACCUGGAAGCGUCUCCUCUUGUGGUUUUUUUCAGACUCCUUGGAAAUUAAGGAAUGCAAUUCUGCCACCAUGAUGGAAGGACUGAAAAAACGUACAAGGAAGGCCUUUGGAAUACGGAAGAAAGAAAAGGACACUGAUUCUACAGGUUCACCAGAUCGAGAUGGAAUUCAGCCCAGCCCACAUGAACCACCCUACAAUUACAAAGCAGAGUGUGCGCGUGAAGGAGGAAAAAAAGUUUCGAAGAAAAGCAAUGGGGCACCAAAUGGAUUUUAUGCAGAAAUUGAUUGGGAAAGAUAUAACUCACCUGAGCUGGAUGAAGAAGGUUACAGCAUCAGACCAGAGGAACCCGGCUCUACCAAAGGAAAGCACUUUUAUUCUUCGAGUGAAUCGGAAGAGGAAGAAGAAUCACACAAGAAAUUCAACAUCAAGAUUAAACCAUUGCAGUCUAAAGACAUUCUUAAGAAUGCUGCGACAGUAGAUGAGUUGAAAGCGUCAAUAGGAAACAUUGCACUUUCCCCAUCACCAGUGAGGCGCAGCCCGGGUGCAAUUAAAAGGAACUUAUCCAGUGAAGAAGUAGCAAGACCCAGGCGUUCAACUCCAACUCCAGAACUUAUAAGCAAAAAGCCUCCUGAUGAUACUGUGGCCCUUGCUCCCCUCUUUGGCCCACCAUUAGAAUCAGCUUUCGAUGGACAGAAGACAGAAGGUCUUCUAGAUCAGCCUGAGAUCUGGGGUACAGGCCAAUCAAUGAAUCCAAGUCUGGAGUCGCCAAAGUUAACAAGGCCUUUUCCCCCUGGAACACCUCCACCACUGCCUCCAAAAAAUGUACCAGCCACCCCACCUCGAACAGGCUCCCCCUUACCAGUUGCACCAGGAAAUGACCAGUCAGCCACAGAGGCCAAAAUUGAAAAACUACCAUCCAUCAAUGACUUGGACAGCAUUUUUGGCCCAGUGCUGUCCCCCAAGUCUGUUGCCAUUAACACUGAAGAAAAGUGGGUCCAUUUUUCUGAUACGUCCCCGGAACACGUUACUCCAGAGUUGACUCCAAGGGAAACAGUGGUAUCUCCAACAGCUGCAGCAGACAACCCACCUGACUCCCCAGCUCCAGGCCGUCCUGGCACCCCCGGCCCCUCAGAUUCCCAGGGACCUCCUGGUCCUACACGCAAUGUACCAUCUCCGCUCAAUUUAGAAGAAGUCCAGAAGAAAGUCGCUGAGCAGACCUUCAUUAAAGAUGAUUACUUAGAAACAAUCUCAUCUCCUAAAGAUUUUGGGUUGGGACAGAGAGCAACUCCACCUCCCCCGCCACCACCCACCUACAGGACUGUGGUUUCGUCCCCUGGACCUGGUGCGGGCAGUGGUACGGGGACCACCAGUGGCACGUCAUCUCCUGCUCGACCAGCCACUCCGUCGGUCCCCUGCAGCAGUACCACUCCACCUCCACCUCCUCCUCGGCCUCCAUCCCGGCCAAAACUACCUCCAGGAAAGCCUGGAGUCGGGGAUGUGUCCAGACCCUUUAGCCCACCCAUACAUUCUUCCAGCCCUCCUCCGAUAGCACCCUUAGCCCGGGCGGAAAGCACUUCUUCAAUAUCGUCAACCAAUUCCCUGAGUGCAGCCACCACUCCCACAGUUGUGUCAGAAGAUGAUGUUUUUUAUGACAAACUGCCCUCGUUUGAAAGGCGCUGUGACACGCCUGCAGAGAAUGAACAGCCUUCCCUCGUUUGGUUUGACAGAGGAAAGUUUUAUUUGACUUUUGAAGGUUCUUCCAGGGGACCCAGCCCCCUAACCAUGGGAGCCCAGGACACGCUCCCUGUUGCAGCAGCAUUCACAGAAACUGUCAAUGCCUACUUCAAGGGAGCAGAUCCCAGCAAAUGUAUUGUUAAGAUUACCGGAGAAAUGGUGUUAUCCUUUCCUGCUGGCAUCACCAGGCACUUUGCCAACAACCCAUCCCCAGCCGCUCUGACAUUUCGGGUUGUAAAUUUCAGCAGGUUAGAGCAUGUCCUGCCAAAUCCCCAACUUCUCUGCUGUGAUAAUACACAAAAUGAUGCCAACACCAAGGAAUUCUGGGUAAACAUGCCAAAUUUGAUGACUCACCUAAAGAAAGUGUCUGAACAAAAACCCCAGGCUACAUAUUACAAUGUGGACAUGCUCAAAUACCAGGUGUCUGCCCAGGGCAUUCAGUCCACGCCUCUGAACCUGGCAGUGAACUGGCGAUGUGAGCCUGCAAGCACUGACCUGCGCAUAGAUUACAAGUACAACACAGAUGCAAUGACCACCGCUGUGGCCCUCAACAACGUGCAGUUCUUGGUCCCCAUAGAUGGAGGAGUGACUAAACUCCAGGCUGUGCUCCCCCCAGCGGUCUGGAAUGCUGAACAACAAAGAAUAUUGUGGAAGAUUCCUGAUAUAUCUCAAAAGUCAGAAAAUGGAGGUGUAGGUUCAUUAUUGGCAAGAUUUCAAUUAUCUGAAGGCCCAAGCAAACCUUCCCCAUUGGUUGUACAGUUCACAAGUGAAGGAAGCACUCUUUCUGGCUGUGACAUUGAACUUGUUGGAGCAGGAUAUCGAUUUUCACUCAUCAAGAAGAGGUUUGCUGCAGGAAAAUAUUUGGCAGAUAACUGAUAAAAAUCUUAUGCAAGGACUUGGAGGAUUUCUUUGUGGAGAACUGUUAUAUAAGAAACAGGUUUUCAUUCUGGUUUGAUCAAAAGAAACCAGUGUCUGCACUACGGAUGUGUCAGCUGGAAGGCCAUGGUCUUUCAGUGAUCAUUUCCCUCACCCAGUUCCGUGAUGACCAGUCCUACAGUAUUUACUUCUAGUAAUAUUCUUAAUGGUUUUAAAAUGGAAUUAUUGUAUUUGUAAAUUGUACUCUCAUUCCAGUAAGGCAGUUAGACACUUGAGUUCUAGCAUUUUACCAUACCUGAAACGGAUGUAAUUUAAACUGUGGUAUGUAAAUUUACUAGUAGUCCUGUUGAAUGGCACAGUGCUUACAGACCUAGAUUGCAUUUUGUCAAUAUACAAAAUUUAAAUAUAAUACUGAUUGCUCUCACAAAGGGGGUGCCACAUAGAAGAAACUUAAAGGGAACCAGAAGAAAAAAGAACAUCUUUACUUUUCUUCAGUUCUUAGUAUGUUUUAUGCUAGUGCUAAAUAAAUAUUCUAUCUUUGGAUGUUUAGUGGGUUAAAUUCAGAAACUAUUUCAGAAAAAAAAAGUUCUAAGGUUACAGCAUAUUAAAAGAAAAGCAUUACUUACCACUUUUUAAAAAGCUUUUUUUUCAAACUGCAAAUUUCAUAAAAAUGCAAACUGUGUAAACAGGGCCUCUUAUUUUUAUAACUUGUGUAAAAAGGGAAAGCAAUUCAUAUUUAAAGUUUAAGUAUAUUAAAUUAUAAUCAAGAGAGAAGAUGUUAAAAUCUUAACUAGUUUCCCCUUUCUCUACAGUUUAACAAAUGUGGAGGUUGUUGAAAAAUUAUGAGAUUAAAACCAAACCUGUGAUUUUAAGGUCAUAAGACUUUCCGUAGUUGAACUGGUUAAUAACUUUUGCACAAUUCCUCUGAACAGAUGGUCUGUCUCACACAGCAUUAACAAAUGAUACCCUGUGACUUCCCCCUAACCCCUAGGAAUCAAAAUAUUGAGAAUUAGAAACUAGAGAGGGGGAAGGGGGGAGGGAAAUGGCUCUCCAUUUAGAUCCAAAAGGAGAAUUUUAAUUGUCAUCAUUUUUUAUCAUUUUGGAAAGAAAAACUAAGCUUUAUAAAAGAAAUUCUAUCCACAAUACUGUUCAAUAAAUGUCCUUUUAGGUGAUUAAGAUUCAUCGUAUAACACUGGAUCAUUGCCAUUCUUUGGAAGUCACUAAAUUAACCUUGAUGAAGGGAUGGGAAAGAUUAGUUUCUGGGUCCCUUCUAUCCAGCCACAUGGGAAUUUAAAUGGAACUUCCUUAUCAGUCACACUUGUCAAAUCUUCCUCCACAGAAGUCUGAAAACAUUAUUCUUUUUUUAAGUCAUAGAAUUCAUUUUUUAAAUAAACCAAUUCCUGUUUUAGGUCAUACUAUUAAAUAACUAAAAUUAAGUUGUUAUAUGUAUGAUUGGUUACUGAAUUUCAUUUUAUAGUCACUCAAAUUUGACAGAGAAUCUUCAGUCCCUUUAAAUUUUAGAAUUAAAUUAAACUAUUUUUAAGUCUUACUUUUCAAAUGAGAUUAUGACUAGCAAUUGUUUACAGUAGGACUUUUUAAAUUAAUAUUUAUGCUCUUUGAUCACUGCUUGCUAGCAAGAGGAUAUCCAAAUGACCUGCUUUCCCUUGGAGAAAUGCUUACUAUUCAAAACAAGCUCUCUCUCUCUCUCUCUCUCUCUCUCUCUCUCUCUCUCUCUCUCUCUCUCUCUUUUUCUCAACCAACUCCCAGACUCCCCAAAGCAGCCUGAUGUUGAAAUGUUUUUGAACAAAGUAAUUAAUACAUUCAUUUUAAAUAAAAUAAUUCUAUUUGAUUUUGAACCCAAAAUAGAGAUGCAAAGUUUCAGAUCCCAUGAAAAAUGAAGAAAUUUAAAGUGCAAAACCCAGCACACAGUAAGAAGUAGAAAAUGGAGAAUCAUAUAAUAUAAAAAUGGU